AUGCUUGAAGAUAUAUCUCAAUUUGAAAUGGAACUCUUAGAUCUCCAAGAAGAUCAAAAUCUACUUAUGCUGCAUAAAACAAUAACUUUCAUAGAAUUUCGGAAGAUAGUUCCCGAGGUUAAGUAUCCUCAACUAAAAAAGAUUGCCAUAAAAUUCAUUUCAAUUUUUGGUUCAACGUAUACAUGUGAAUCUAUAUUCUCUACUAUGAAAUUUGUCAAAUCAAAGUAUCGUGCAAAUCAAACCAGCAAGCAUUUGUUUGAGUUACUUAAAAGAGCCACUACAAGUUUGAAACCAGAUAUUAAGAAACUUACCAGUUACCAAAUUUAUGAGUAUUAG